CAGAUCUGGUGUGACAUGUCUACGGACAGGGGUGGAUUUAUGUUAAUUGGUAAACUCAACAGUUCUGUGACAUGGAACGUUCCCUCCAAUAACCAAACAGUUGAUCCAUUUGGUGAACCUCACUGGUCAAGUUCUUUCGGUGAUGCUCCAGUUCUAGAUUUCCGAGUCCAGAUGUCGACAACAGAAAACUUUGCAAAAACUAAAGCUCACUGGUAAAGAUAUAUGUGUUGUUAAUUAAAGAUAUUUCAAAUACUUUUAUUGUUAUUAUCAUGCAUUAUGUGAUCCCUCACGGCACAGUAUAAGUCCUACAGCGAUCGUGAUUCGGAUGGGGGGCAGAAAUCUGACAUCAUCCAUCAGUCACUUGUACUUUGUAGGCUAUCUUUUCCAUCAUUACUCUCCUCGCCUGUUGGGUAUAUCCAUCCACAUCGAACAGUGCCUCGAAGUUAUUGAGACAAUUCAGAGAAUUAAGACCUGCUGCUAGCUGAUAGCCAUGCUUUAUUAUCUAUAGAUUGCGAAAUCUCGGAAAUGGCAUCAAUAGCGUAGAUUAAGGUUGUUAUUUAUAGCACAAACUUCGGACAAACAAAUUGAAAUUUACUUUCAAAUAAUGAAUGCAAAUAAACUUAUAUUCUAUUGUCAAGCUCGCACGAAUUGUGGGAAUAUUCGGACAAACUACACUUGUGAAGCCAAUGGAAUACAUGCUAUUGUUUUAGCAAAGAAAAAAUAUCGUACAAUUUAGAGAAUAGUUUGUUUCUAUUGUAAGCACAAUUGUCUUGUUUAUAUAGGUCUUACAGGCUACGAAACAAACGCUCUCCCAAAGAUCUCUUGAUCAUUGAUAAAGGUGGUUGUGGACCAUUAUCACCUGGUAUUGGGGAUAUCGCAUACGUCAAGGAUCUCCGCACUGAGAAAAUUGUAACGACAAAUUUUCGUUGCUCAAAAUUUGCAAGUAAUCAAAGUGGAUGGGUUAGUAUAAGUAUACUUGGCCAUUCAUGUUCUUUUUCGUUCAUUUUCGAAACCAUAAUAUUAUCAAAACUAUAUAUUAUCUCUAAUUAUUGCUAACAGUUGUAUUAUAUAUACAGGCCGAUCAUUGACACCUUUCUUUUGACUUUUGUGGCGGAGUGAGGUAGAUAAAGGCGGAUAAAUACACGUGCGCAUGUGUUAUGUAUCGUGACCGAGCGGUUCAGGGAAUUUUUUAACUAUAUAACUACUGGGGCCUUUUGAUCAUUAGUAAAUAUCAUCCUUGUUGAAAAAAGUGCAUUUGCCUGCUUUCUAAUAUCCUCUUACAUUUAAUCUUAUAUAGUCUGCACAGCAAGGCCUUUUUGUACGCGUAACUGUGUGGGGAAAAGGCCCUGAUUGAGACUUUAGCCCCAGUAGUUGUAAUUUCUUAAAAAAUGCCCUGGGGCGGUUUACAAUGGAAUGUUCAUAUUGUAGUUGCUAAUGUGGUAUACUCAUAAUUGGGUACCUGAAAAAAGCGCUCAACCAGGUACAUAACCACAUGCUAAAUAUCCGGCAGACUCAGGCCCUCGAGCUUGAGAAGAAGGCUUAAUACAAAUGUUGACUUUCUCAUGUUCAACAUCCAUGCACUUAGCUUUAGUUAUAAUAGUACAUCUUUUGUGUUAAAAUGUGCACUCACUUUGAUCGUUUGAACCGAUACGCUCAUGCACUAUAAUUUAAAUAUCCCUGUAGGAGUUUUUUUUAGAUACUUAUAUAUACUCAUUUAUGAGUUUAGCAAAUUAGCAAUGAGUGUAAACCGGUCACUCUUUUCGUUACGUAAACAUGCGCACUCCGCCCAUGGCCGCCAAGAGAAUUCGCGUGUCCUGGAGCAAAUCUUCUCUGGGGACCCUAUGACAUCAUUAAUUUUAAGCUAGAUCGACCCAAGUCAGUCACCCAAAUAGACCUUAGCUAGACUGCAUGUGGAGCCACUGUAAGGGGCCUUCCGCCCUCAAUUUCAAAAAUGCUCUGACCAAUUUAAAGAACCUACUCACUCCAGGCUCAAGUUGGGGCCCUAUUAAGGUGGGGGCCCAGGCCAAUCCCCCCUGCCUUCCCCUCUCGGCGGCCCUGACUCCGCCUCAAGAAAAGCCCUGAUCGGCCAAUAUAAACCACUGCUAACAUUUGACCACAACAUUUUACCUUUUGUGGUAGGCUAUGAUGAACUAUUGCUUGGAUAAUCCGUGUCCCUAUGGCUUUUCCUCUUUUGACAACCAUUCAAAAAAUUCUUCAGGAGCAUUCAGGUAACAAAGAUGAUGGAGGAAAUGUUAAUAUGUUAUCAACUAUUUAUGUCCCGGUCCAAAAGUUGCAUGAGUACAUAUGUAGAUACCAAGUUGUAUCUUCUUGCGUUUUUGAAAGUAUGCAUAACUAUUUAUCUCAUAGCAGGUUUUUUGGGACACAGGCUUGACUGGUUCAAGACAAACCAGCACUUUCCGACUAAGUUAUUAAUCUUAAAUGGUGCAUUAUGGCAAUUUUAUGUCGGCAAAUAUAUAACAAGUGUAUAUAUAUAUAUAUUUAUUUAUUUAGCUAUAGUGUGGUCCGCAAUACAUCAGGCAUCGACCAUAAUUCAACUGCUUUUGUUGGCUGUGACAGAGGAAAGGUAUAAGCAUCGUAUAACUAAUUUAAUUUGUUUAACAUAUCAGUGAUACUCAUGCAUAAACGACAUGACGGCAUAAGCUUCACAUUUGGCGGUUUAUCAUUGGCGCCGCAAAGGGGAAGUUUAGUUUUAGAUUAUUUCAAAUCCGAUAAAAAUUGGGGACAAGGGCGGAAAAUUGUCAGCAGACAGUGAUGGGUACGCGCGCAUCUAUUGAUCUACUGAACUUUGUUCUAAUAUAAAGCUAAGCACUAUGUGACUAUAUGUCUUCCACUGAAUUAAAUUGUCAAAUAUUCUGAAAUCAAUAUUUGACACUGUUAAAAGCUCAUUUAUUAAGACCUUGUUGACAUUUUUCUCCAUAAAGCACAAUGUAGGAAAUGUCGCACAAUGUAGGAAAUGUCGUUUCCAGGACCCAAAGUUCAAUUUUUCGGGGAACAUGUUUCCAGAUACCCCUAGAAUUGUAACUUACAUAUUAAUAAGUUGCCCUUCCCCCCAAAAAAAAAUUCUGGCGGCACCACUGCAAUUUCAUGCAUGGUCAUUUAUUUCUCGAACAAUUUUAGUGUUGUAGUUGUUUUGGUCCACCUGGACGUGCAGACGAUUUUUGUGGCGGCAAAUGCAAGGCGGGCAACAGAGCAAAUGUAACCAAAAGCACGUACACUUGGUUUUGGGUGAGGUCUUCAAUUCCAAAGAGAGUAUGGAACAAAUGUAUGGAGUAUAAAGUUAAUGAACUCAGUGGAAAAGUGGUUUGGUACAACUUGGUUGGUGGCGACGGUAUUCCAAAAAAAGUAAGUUUAGAUUACGUCAGUUUGUAAUCUGUAUGAAAAUUACUGCUGAGUUUGUUGACCUUGACUGAGUUUGUUGAUCUUACUUUCAUCUAGGGUCGCUGUUCUCCAAACCAAGUCCUUUUAAUUGAUGGGGUAAAAAGAUCAUUAAUCAUGAAUUAUAUUACUAUUCAUUCGUACACUGAGUAACGUAUUCAGUAAUUAAGUACCAGUCUUAUUACUAACAUGACAAAUUAAAAACAUGAAUUCCUAUUAGUUGAAAGCGGUAUAGUUCAGUUAAUCCCCAUUAAUUUUCAAUUUAGAUUGUUGUUGUCCCGGACAGUAACUCGGCCCGUAAAGUACCUUCAUUUCCAGGACUGCUUACAUAUAGAAAGGACAACAAAAAACUUUAUGUGAGUUCGAACGAAACAUGGAACGUUAUCGCAGAGGAGAAAAUGGUAAGCUAAUAUAAUUAUUUAUUUUUCACUUUGCGAGGUCGCGUUAAUGGGUCAGAAUAGAAAUAAUUCUUAAUGCCAUAUUGCCUUCGUUAUGUUGUUUUUUCUCUUUUUUGUGCUGCAAAGACAUUGCAGGUGAAUAUUAGAGGGGAUUAUUAAUUGCAGGUGAAUACUAGAGGGGAUUAUUAAACGGAAAUUGAUUAGAAGGUAAUAUUGAAUAUAUUCCCCGAUAAGAACAAAGGAAACCGAGCAGGGUGAAAAAUAAGUAUUUGCGCGCCGAGGUGAAUAAAUCACAUAUGCCCUCGUUGCCUCAAAAUAACCUAUGCAUAUAUAGAGGAUAUUACACGGCGGCGCGAAGAUAUGACUUUUAUCUUCGAGUGGUGAAAACAAUAUUUUACGAACGAGCGCAGCGAGUGAGUAAAAUAUUGUUUUUAACACGAGAAGAUAAAAGUCAUAUCUUCAAGCCACCGUGUAGUGUUCUGUUUAUUAUAUAGUCCCAAGCAAAAAAUGGUAUAAAUACUAAAAGUCACGUGAUCGAUAUCUUCACUAGUGAAGAUAUGGAAAAUAUGUCACUGUGUAUUUCUCAGUAUCUCACUCUCUACUAUAUAAUAUACACAUAUAUAUUUGAUUGACAAUACUAUAUAUUCAACCCUGCAUAGACUUAAUUCCUCGGCUUUGUAAAGACAUCAGUGGGCAGAAGCACCGGAAUCGCGGGGCCGCAGAGCACUGCACCAGAAUCGCAGCGUCGCAGGUUCGAUUCCUGCCAGGGACCUAAAGUUUUUCCCAGCUGUUCCUGCAUGGUUAGGUCUAAUAAAUGUAUUUCAAACACUCAUUAAUAAUUCAUAAGCUUAUUGGCAAAUCAUGUCAACUAUAAUAUGUCACGUGCAGUGCCUUUAAACCUGAUAAAACACUCCUAAUUAGUAUUCUUUAUAUAAAGAAUACUAAUAAGACAGUAUCUAUUGUUGUCGUGUCCUCAUUAGUAUUUUUUUAUAUAAAGAAUACUAAUAAGGCGGUAUAUCUAUUGAAUUUGUAGUCGUGUUUGAAGCCGUUUAAUAAACUCGCAGGUCGUGUUUUAUUAGGUCUAAAGCCACUCGCGCUGCGCACUCAUGUCUUUAAACCUAAUAAAACACUCCUGCUCGUUUAUUAAACAGUACAUAAAUUCCCACUGGUAAUUUCCAUCUAAAAUACCCUUCAACUAUUAUUCAAUCGAGUGAGAUGCCAACAAAAUCUUGAUAUUUACACAUAUCUAUACAAGCGUCUCUUAUAUGUACUGUAUUCUUUGAAUAAUUUUAUAGAUUAUCGCAACAGCCACUGAAAUGUUGGAACAAAGAUUUCAGGAACUAGAAAAGGUAUCUGCACUUCUUUAUUUCACUUAGAGCUAAUUAAAACUGAUAUCUGCUAUGAAAUACAAUAUAUCGUCCUGCUGUAAUUAUAUAUGCUAAAUAUUCCGGUAUUUCUGAGCAUGCAACUGCAUGAAUUGAUCAGUAAGUUGUACGUUCGCCGACCAUUGGUUUGGAGAUACUAAAAACAUUUAUUCUGUACAGAAUCAUAUUAAGCUUUCCGAAAAUACAUCGAGAUUUCAACAAUCAAGAUUUCAACAAUUAGAAAAGAAGGUAAAUAAACUGUUAUAUUAAUUAUUUCAUAAUUAAAUGUGUCGUAUAUAUCUCUAAUUAGAUCGACGCCAUAUAUACCUGCACCCUUUUCUUACCGGGUCAUUAGAUGUCAACUGCACAAAGUCAAAGGCAUAAACCGAAUAAGUGCUUCUGGUUAUUAAAAUGUUUAAAAUAUGCAAUUUUAAUCAAGCCAAAAGAUUUGUAAAAAUAAAUCAGUUAUAAUUAUAACACAUUGUGGUUGUUUUAUGUACAAACUGGUAAAAAAUCUUUAUUAAAAAUGUCAAAAACCUGUUUAAAAGUGUUAAAAUAUCGAGCUUUCGGACUAAGCGUCCAUCAUCAGGAUUUGUUGCUGAAUAAAAAAUCUUGAUAAAGGGUAAAAAACUUAAUAAAGUUCUCUUAAUUAAUAACGUUUUUUACCAUUUUGUACAUAAAACAACCACAAUAUAUGAGACUGCCUCGUAACAUAACAACGCUAGAUUAUUAUAACACAGUUAGAUAGUACUAAGUUGUACUAAACUAGUUUUGAUUGAUUGAUUGAUUGAUUGAUUGAUUGAUUGAUUGAUUGAUUGAUUGAUUGAUUGAUUUGCUAUGACUAUGUCAUUUCAUAAGAAAAGCAUUAACUUGAUUUUUCUUGCAUAAGGUUCUUGACCAUAUCAGUGUAUCCGUCACUGAAUUUGAAGCACGGCUGCCACCGAAAUUUGCCCAACUUCAAUCACUCGUGGAAGAUAUGGAUAAAUCAAUGGAAGGGGAAGGAUUUGCUUAUAAAGGUUGCUGAUUUUUACAUUACUGUUAUAGGUGAUAUUCAUAUUAUUGACAACUCAAGCCUUUGCUCCUUCGGGGAUUUUACAUUGCAAGUGGAAUUUCGAUAUAUUCUCUCUAAAUGCAAUACGGUCAACACAAGUAAGAACGUGCAAGUUGUUACAGGCCUGCAAACAAGUUGAUAUAUCUGUUCACAAACUGUCCACAAGUUGUGCCCGCACUGCUUGUGUUCCUAGUUAUUGUAAAAAGUUUCUAACAAGCUGUUAUUUAACAACUUGUAACAAGGUUGAUGUUAUUAUCAGACUUGUUACAAGGUUGGUCUAACACGUCUGACUGAUACAGUCGUGAACAAUAAUGUUACAAGGUUGACGACACAAGGUUGUAACAAUAUUGUUAUAUCAUGAGUUCAUGACUGCAUCGGACUUGCUGGAACAGGGGCGUAGAAAGCAGAGGGGGAGUAUAGCUUUCUCCCCCCCCCCCCCACAAAAAAAUAUAUUAUUGGAUUUAAAAAAUAAUAAAAAAUUACUGCGAAAUUCUCGAAAUUGGAAGUAUUUGAAACCGUAUAUAUCAUUAAUAACGUAUCUGUAAUUGUUUAUUUUAUAUAAUAACAACAUUUUUGUUUGUCUUUUGUCAUUGGAUGUUUUUGGUCUAUGCUGCUUGUCUACGCAGUCGCAAACCAUAAAGUAAACACAUUUAUGGCUUACAAAUCAUAAUGACAGAAUUUGAAAGAGCUUAACGAAAAUUCUAAAGAAGACCUGGAUCUGGAGACUCCAAAUUUUAAAAUUUUUUCCCGCUUGGCGCCCACCAUGGUGACCCGCCUAACUUUUACAAGCUUCGUAUACCCUGUGCUGCAUGACCUUGCAACAUGUCAACAGGGCUGUUACAAGUUGUUAACAGCUUGUUCCAAACUUGUUGACAACUUAAGAGAUUAAGCAGUGCGAACACAACUUGUUAGCGGCUUGUUGACAGGCUUGCUACAAGAUGUGAGAUUUAUGCGUGUGCACAUGGCUGGCACUUUGCUUGGGACGUGUUCCGUUUGUGUCUACAAUCAUUUUCGAAAAUUGUUGGACACUGGCGGUUUUAGCACGGCAAAGUAAGAUGUUAACUAAGACGCAACAUUGAAUAGGGGGCAGGGAGGAGCGACGUUUGUAAAAUAAUAGAUAGUUGGGACAUCGAGGCGUGAAGAAUUAAGAAAAUAAACCAGCAAAUCUUUUUCAGACCGAUUUCUAGAAAGUCCUAUAACUUGAAUCUAUUCAUUGUUGCCACUUGCCGUGAACACCAUAAAUCUGGAGCAAGACGAGAUGGUAUAUAUACAAUUAAUCCAGAUGGUCAGGGACCUUUCCGAGUCAGAUGUGACAUGACGACAGAUGGUGGAGGCUGGACUGUGAUCCAAAGAGGAAUGGACGGAAGUCAAUAUUUCUAUCUUGGCUGGUCAAGCUAUAAAAAUGGUUUUGGAGAUUUAAAUGGUGAAUAUUGGCUCGGACUGGACAAAAUACAUCGUUUGUCAGUGACUGGUUAUCAAUGGUUACUUUCUUUAAGAGUUGAUCUUGAAGAUUUCAAUGGCGACAAAGCUUACGCUAAGUACAGACGAUUUGCCGUGUUUGGUGAAUCUUCCAAAUAUCAGUUGACCGUUGGUAGUUAUACAGGUAAAUUUAAAAUAGUAUUGAAAUAAACAGUGUGGUCAUAAUGAAGAUUAUGCAAAGCAAUUACUAAUGAUUAUGAUAAAUGAUAAUAUAUCACGAACUUUGAUACAAUCAUGUUAGUCAGUUCCAGAUAUACGAGAACUCCCGACACCCUUCGUUCUAUUUCUUUAUUUGACAAAGUCCAUAUCAUGGCCAUCUUGGAUUUCAUAUAAUAGCGGUUAAACAAUACGAACCAUGAAUCCAUGCACUCGACACCAUCUUAUGUAAUAAAAUAAAAGUCCCAAGAAUGUUUUAAUGAAGAAUUAAUAUAAUGAAAUGAACUCAAAAUUAUCGUAAAAUAAUAUAUUUUUACACCACCAUUUUACUUUCGCGAAUUAUGGAUUUGAAUUUAAUUCCAACGGCUUCAUUGUGGGUUAAAUGAACUAAGUUACAAUAUGAUUAGGAUUCUGACCGAUGGAAUUUAAGAAUGUUUAUGGUUAAACCCAUAGAUAUCUUAUAUACACUAGAUAGCGCAUCUCUUAGUAAAAAUGAAGUCAAGAAUAUUCCAGCGGUUACCCUCAUUUGAAUAGAUGGCGGCCAUGUUGGUAGUUCCCAGUACCCACUCGCUAAUAAACGCUUAAAAACAGCAAUAACUUUCAUCAUUUGAAUAGUUUAAAAAUGUAUUUGGAAUAGGUUAAUGUUUUUAAAAGUUCCAUGUUUAAGAAAUAGAAAACAUACGAAUCUUCUCAUUUCAUGGGAUUAUCCUGAGUCUGCAAUCACGGCUUCAAUUUUUGAAUUGCAGAAUAAUUAGAUGCACUAUCUAGUGUAUAUAAGAUGGCUAUGGCUAAACCCAGCCUAGACCUAGGCCCUUCACUCGAAGGCUUUGGUCGGUUUGGCUUUGGUCGGUUUGGUCAAUUUUGGACUAGCAUAUGGUGGGCUGAACCGUGCAAUGGGACUUUUCAUUGCUUGAUUAUGCAUGAAAUGCUAAUUUAUUUUUUCAAUACCAUGAUCAUAAUCAGCGAAUUAAUAACUUCUUAUUAACCGAACGCGAGGUCUGUACAGAGAACUAUCGGACCGAGGUCUUUUUUGUACAGACCGAGCCCGUUGGGCGAGGUUUGAACAAAAAGACCGAGGUCCGAUAUUUCUCUGUACAUACCGAACAAGCGAGGUUAAUAAAAAGUUUAUUAUUAACUUUUUAUUAACCGAACGCGAGGUCUGUACAGAGAAAUAUCGGAUCGAGGUCUUUUUUAUAUAGACCGAGCUCGUUGGGCGAGGUUUGUACAAAAAGAUUGAGGUCUGAUAUUUCUCUGUACAUACCGAGCAAGCGAGGUUAAUAAAAAGUUUAUUAAUAUAUGGCAUUUAUAUAGGCAUUUUGAAACAAACAAGAAAUGCAUGAUUUGAAAUACAUAUUAGCCAUUUCACCGGAAGUGAUGCUUGCCAUAUAAUAAAAUGCCAUUUAAAUAGGCAUUUAUACUUGAAAGAAACAAGAAAUGCAUGAUUUGAAAUGCAUAUUAGUAGCGUGGUGCACGUGGUACACAUUUGGUCAAAGAAAACAAAAAAAUACCAAUGUAUUCCUUCUUUUCCACUAUAACAAUUCGCAGAUAUCUUAUUAAUAAAGAAUUAAAUUAUAAUUUUCAAAUUUUCAAUUACUUUUGCUGUUUUGUUUUAAAAUGCAUGCGUUUAAUUUUACGUAAUGGACCGCCGGUCCAUUACGGGAAAGUAAUGGACCGCUGAAAGUGUUUCUCAACCAAUCACAGUCCGCCAUUUCACUGAAAGUGAUGCUUGCCAUAUAAUAAAAGUCGAUAAUUUACUCAGGUGUUAUAUAAUAUGUUCUAUUUCAUAUCGUUUGUAUUUAAAUGCUGUUGUUCAUAACAUAUUUUAAGGUACUGCAGGCGACUCUCUUCGUUAUCACGACGGACGGCGGUUUUUAACCAAGGAUUCAAGAGUGUCGCAAUCGGGCAGCUUAAAUUGUGCGGAUUACACUAAGGGAGCGUGGUGGUACAAUAGGUGCAGUUACUCCAAUCUCAAUGGACUGUACCUGGGAGCAAAUCAGUCGUCAUACAAAGGAAUGAUAUGGAGACAUUGGAGGUCUAGAAACGUUCUGAAAAAAUCCGAGAUGAAAGUACGACCAAAACGUUCAUAUUGA